UCCCGACAUGACUUGAGGACUGCUUCAGCGACCGCCAUUCCUGCUCCAUCAAUCCGCGAACCCGCCAAUCUCGUCCGCAGUUGCGAGGCACGCCCAGCCAUGGCCUCCAGUUCUACCGAGACCACGCCGUUGAUUUCUUCCAUGGCUCACGGCUCCUCCAAGCCGCAGCGCACCGUCACAUUCAACACGACCGUUUCUUCCAGCAGCCCGAAACAGCAACCGAGGCCUGUGUCACAAAGCGGCCAGUCUUCAUCCAUCUCACACUAUGCGACCACCCACGGUGGUCAGCCUAUGCUCUCGUCGUUCAACAACAAACUGCGGAGAAGAAACAGUUCUGGCACACCUAUGCUUCCGCACCACAUAGGUGCACCCAAGAUUGGCCCUCAGCGAACCACAAGGACUGCCCAAAAGCUAAAGCUUCUUCCCGACCCUGAACAAGGAGACGAUGAUAACGACGAAGAGAGCGGAAGGGAUGUUUAUUCGCAAUAUACCAGGAUCAAGGACCCAACUGCCAGGAGAGAUGCCGCCCGACUUGGGAAGGCGGACCGGGAGCGGCUACCUAGAGUAACAGCUUACUGCACGGCGGCUUCAUACAAAUUUGACGACCUGAUGCGCUUUCUCAAAGGCAAAGCACGACUAAGAGGCGCCCAACCUAAGCGCUUUGACGAGUGCAUAUAUUCACCUUACAACUACGGAAGGAAAGGUCCGGAUGAAGUAAUCAGCACAGGUGUGCACGACGGUUAUACCCAAGACCGUCCUCGACGGUUCUCGGAUAGUGCUAUUGAGGUUGAAGCGCAAAGCGAGAGGCGGAGGGAUAAUCUCAUCGAGGUACAAUCCGAAAACGAAAUCAUCUCCACUGUAGAGGCAGAAGGCUCGGAACAGCUUCAGCGCCCCAUGCCUGUUCACGCAGAUUCGGACCCUUCAAUGGAGAAUCCAGACUUCGAUACCCAAAUUCACACGCCCGAGGUGUUUCUCUUCGAGUAUGGAACGGUAGUUAUAUGGGGUAUGACACUACAAGAAGAAAAGCGGUUCUUGAAAGAGCUGGCCAAAUUUGAAACGGACAAGCUCGGUAAGGACGAGAUCGAAACGGAAGAGUUCAACUUUUACUACACGCGGGAGUAUCAAGCCCGGAUAUACAAUGAUUUCAUAUCGUUGCGAGAAAAGAAGAAUUACAUGAUCAAGCUUGCCAUUAGCCAUGGUCUCUCGCAGUCUGUCAAGACCUCGUUGUUCGAAGACCUCGUCGACAACACUAUCGACGACACCAAGGAUAUCCCGGCCCAGAUUGCUAGUUCCGGAAAGAUCAAUCUAAACAAAAAACAGAUCAAUAUGCAGAUAGGCGAGUUGUUCAUCUUGCGCAUCAGCAUACACCUACAGGGGUCGGUUUUGGACGCCCCGGAACUCAUGUGGGCGGAGCCACAAUUAGAUCCCGUAUACCAGGCUGUGAGAAGUUAUCUCGAAAUGGACCAGAGAGUGGGGCUUCUCACCGAGAGACUCAAUGUUAUUGGCGAUCUACUGGCGGUGUUGAAGGACCAGUUGACCGUUACACACGGUGAGCUUCUCGAAUGGAUCGUCAUCAUUCUCAUUUUUGCCGAAGUCGUCGUAGCGGCCGUCAAUAUCUUUGUCGAUCUAAACGCUGCUGACUAG